CGGCGACGAGAGAGCAUCCGUGAAGUCGUUGUUGUGAACCCCUAUUACGAUCCCGUGGCGCGCCGGCGCAGCACGACCUUCUGGUUAGAGUAUCCAUUUUGAUCACAUAUUUCCAUCAAACAACAAUGGCAGAUAUCGAGGAUACUCACUUUGAGACUGGUGAUUCCGGCGCCUCUGUGACAUACCCUCAACAGUGCUCGGCACUGCGCAAAAAUGGCUUCGUCAUGUUGAAAUCACGUCCGUGCAAGAUCGUAGAAAUGUCGACUUCUAAGACCGGCAAGCACGGUCACGCCAAGGUCCACUUAGUGGGUAUCGACAUAUUUACCUCCAAGAAAUACGAAGAUAUCUGCCCCUCCACACACAACAUGGAUGUGCCGUUUGUUAAGCGGGAAGAUUACCAGCUUACAGAUAUAUCUGACGACGGCUAUCUCUGUCUGAUGGCUGAUAAUGGAGAACUGCGCGAAGAUCUCAAGAUACCUGAUGGUGAUUUGGGAACACAGCUGCGUGCUGAUUAUGAAUCUGGAAAAGAGUUACUUUGCACUGUACUCAAGGCAUGCGGUGAGGAGGUAGUAAUCGCCGUCAAAAAUAACACCUCCCUCGACAAAUAAUUGUGUUCAGCCCGACGACUACGACGACAGAAGCCCAACACACAUUCGAGCAAAAACCACCCGCUUAGCCAAUCAAUCAACACCUUUACUAUUGGUCAAACAGGAUAAACAACAAUACUAUAACCAAAAAAUCUAGAGGAAGAUGAUGAAGAGAGUGGGAGAGCGUUAGAGAGGAAGAGAGAGAGAAAGAAAGAAAGAGUGUUUGAGAGAGAGAGAACGGAAAUAGAAAAAAAGAGAGAGCGUGAGAGAGAGGGGGGGAGCAAAGCAAAAACGGGCUAGCAGUUCCACGUAACAACAGCAACGCGCCAAUGCGAGAAACGACUUUUAUCGAAAUAAUAUCCGCUUUAAUUAUUUUAUCCAACAAUAUUUAAAUAAAUCUGGGAAAGCGAAAACUAGGUAUACGUACAGUUAUAUACAUUUAAACAUGUACACGUACACAAUACAGAUAAACAGAUACAUAUAGAUAUACCUUACACGUAUACCUAGAAAGUUACACACGCGUUGUUUGUUAAUAUAAGAAAGUGGUGACAACUUUUUAGCAGAAAGUUGAUUGGGAAAAUAAAAACUGAGAAAGCCUUGAGACACAUCCUGGACCUUUUUUUUUUAAAGAAUAGAGAGAAAGAAAUUAUUUACAACAGCUUUGUAACUUAUUACACUUAUGCGUGUGAGUGAGAGAGAGUACAUGAGAGAAAUGCGAGAGAGAGAGAGAGAGAGAGCGCGAGAAAAUUGUUGGAGACCAAUAUGAAGAGGUCGUGGGAAAAAAAGGACCCUUGGAGUCCUUGAGCGCGCGCGCGGAACAAUUUUUCAUGGGAUGCUAGCGAUGCCCGAUACACGAAGCAGCUCACUUCAAGCAUCUUUCCUGUAAUGAUCGAUAAGACUGGAGUUUCGCUAUAUGGAAUUUCUACAGAAUGCUAAAGGUUUCCUUCUUUUUUAUGGGAAGAACUCGAGUUCUCGAGAUUUUUAGGUCUAAUAAAAACUUGAGCUUAAAAAACAAAUGUCGAAGUUUACGCGAUCUGAAAGAUUCAGGAACUCACGGGUUCUACCUUUCAGAGAAUUAAAAGUUUGCUGAUUCUCGAAACUCAAAUAUUUCAAGUCUUAGAUGCUUAAGGAUUUGACAAUUUUCACAAUCAAAACUAACAUUCUAAAUGUUUAUUUCUGAAGAAUCUAGAAGGAUCGAUAAGAGAACACUUGCAUAUCCAUGUAUCUGAGAAAAUUAAUGGAUUCUAAGAAAAAAGAAUAGAGAAUAAAUAAUUACAUAUCUAAAUUCAUGGAUUCAGAAUCUAUGAAUUUAGAUGUUUAAAAUCUUUAAACAUGCAAGCCCCUUGAUAUAUUUUAUCUUUCAAAGAUACAGAGGCUUUGAAAUAGUCAGUUUGUAUGGGACGUGAAAUGUGUAAGAAUUUGAGAAACGCGCUCAAAAUUAUGAUGUCGGGAUAUAUACGAUUUAGACCUUUAAAUCCAGGAACGUCGAGAUCUUUUAAGACUAAAGAUCACACAAAGUAACAUUUCGCGCGCUUUGAGAUGGCUGGUGCGGCGCGAUGCAAUAAAUCGCGUCACGUUUCAGAGACUGUAAUUGGCUUAUGAAUGCUCAGACUUUAUUACAUUUUGUUGUAAUAUCUCGUUUUAAUAAACAUUUUUCAGAACAGGUUACACAAACCGCCUUCAAUCAAUAAGAUAACUUUUAAUUAGACUAUGUAACGUUAGAACAGAGAUUAUUAGAUACAAGUGAGAGGAGGGCCGCGAGUUGAAGAUCCUUGUGUGAACCUGCAAAGUGUGCGUGAACAGAAUCUUUUUUUUUUUUCCUUACAUCCUUUCCAUCUCGUGACAUCGUUUGUAUAAAAGAAGAAAAAAAAAUUGUUCCGAAAGUGCAGUCUGAAUGAUUAGGAAUAAUUAUAAGCAGAUAAUUAACUACAAGAAUGUAAUCACAGUUAUCAUUGGAAGGUAUACGUUUUUCUCCCUCAUGGAACUCUGUGACUUUGAAUUUGCUCGAUUUGGUGUCCUCGCGAUAAUUCGCAUCUUGUUUUGCUGUAAAAAAAAAAAAAAGAAUUUAUCUCCAAUACAUACACAGCGUUCUAGAUCGAUUCCUUGAGUUUUUAUUUUUCUUUUUUCUUACGUUAAAAACAUUCAGAUUGCUUGAUGGGCUCUCGCUGCGAGAACUUUGCAUCACCGAACCUCGUUAGGAUCGCCGAUUUCAAAUAUGCUCCUAGCGAUUGAAAUGUCCUUCAACACUUAACGAAGUUCCUUUACGUAACAAAUAAAUACGAAGACCCCAAAUCGCCAAAUAUAUGUAUAUGUAAA